AUGCAGCGUUUUUUUUCGAGUGAUAUGGACUUCACAGCAAUUAAACUCAUAACGGUUAACUCACUCGCUUACCAGGUCGGUUUGUCUCGGAUUCGAUGUCUACCGGAAGGCUGUUCUCUUUGCCUGCUCUCUGUUGUCCAGCUACUUCUUCCGCGUAUAUGUCGCAGCGAGUUUGUGGCCCUUCACUCAGAAAAUGUGCUUGAGAACCUCUCUGAUUACCUUCGUGAUAAAUUUGAAUACUCCAAUGCUGAGCUCGAAAGCUUGCCAGAGGAUAAACGCGAGGAGGCGAAGAAUUUCAAUCAGCUUUUGAGAGAAUUCCCUCAAAGAGCUGCUAACAAACGACAAAUCAAUCCGCACAUUCUCUUGUUUCCAUCUCACCCCCCUCAUCCCAUCCCCUCCACUCCUCCCCGCCCCCUCGUCGUUUGUUACCUCUUCUUAUACCCGCUGAAAGUGUUUUACUUUCGACAGCCUCCUACUUGGCACGAAUUUGAUAGCCCCGAUUCGUUUGAUCCCCUUGACCCACUUCCCCUCCUACUUCUACUGGCCCCAACUCUCUUUUGUCCCAUAUCUGCUUGUUUUAGAAAAUUACUACUACCACCACCUCCACUUCGGGGUUUCCUCUCAUAA